AUACUGAUGGGUUAAAGGCCAAAAUGGCCACUUCAAAUCAAAAUGGCUGACUUCCUGGGUCAUUUCAAACAUGGGACUUUUGAAUAAAUCCUCCAUGAAUACAUACACACGUCUUUUGUUUUUGUCUCGACACCAGACUACGCCCAUGGCGUCACCAUGCUGAGCCCGUUUACCUCCGAGAAGAAGCAGCUGGUCAGCUUUUGCUCGCCAAGUGGGGAGGAGUUGCGGAAAUUUGCCGAGGAGCUACGAGAGGCCAUUUCCGAAGUCAACGAGAUGGAGCACAUACACAUUCAGUGGGAACUGGAGAGGCAACAGGGCAUCCAGCCUCACAGCAUACACACAAACGGCGGCCAAGUGGAUGCACACACGGGACAUGGAUCGCCCUCAGGUCAACAGGACGUGUACGAUAAAAGCGGCAACAACAACGCUGUGGAGGUGUCAAUUCACAACAGGCUGCAGACCUACCAACUGAGCCCGCCCAGCGUUGAGCCGACGACCCCCCUGGCCCUGACCGCCCCGCCCGCCUUGCUGGGCCCAGCCCCGGCCGGGGAGCUCCGCCCGGAGACGCUGAUCCAGUGUCAGCAGAUCGUUAAGGUCAUCGUUGUGGACCAGAGUGGGCGGGGCCGCAUGGAGGCCUUCCUCAGCCAGGGGCCGGCCGCCCAUCAGCUUCUGCGCUCGGCCAUGUCCACGCCUGUCCACGUCCAGGGUGACGGGCCACAACCCCCCCUGCCGCCGCCACCGCCCCCAUACAACCACCCGCACCAGUUCUGCCCGCCGGACUCGCCCAUGCCGCUCCACCACACUAUGCCGCUCACUCGCAGACGCAACUCCAGCGGCUCCCGCAGCAUUGUCUGA